AUGCGUUAUUAUUUAAGACAAUAUUAUAUUUUAUACGAUCGGAAUUUGUUUUCAUUGCGUUCGUCUCCGACAGGGUAUCAGAUACUUCCACCGCCAGCCAACGGCGGCAUCAACGAGCCACAAGACUGUCCGCACUGCCGACGGACGUUCAGCUGCUACUACUCGCUGAAGAGACACUUCCAGGACAAGCACGAGCGGUCCGACACGCUGUACGUGUGCGAGUUCUGCCGGCGGCGGUACAGGACCAAAAACAGCCUGACCACGCACAAGAGCCUGCAGCACAGGGGCUCGGCGGUGGCGCUUAAACGUCUGGUGAAAACGUUCGCCGCAGCAGCCUCGUCCGCCGCCGCUACUGUCAUCGCAACGCCAACGCCGCCGCCGCCGCCGCCGUCAUCGUCUUCGUCGUCGUCCGAGUCUCCACCACCGAAACUACGGUCACGGUCACCACCACUGGUCGUCUGCAACGGUUGCCGAUCGUCGUCGCCGUCGUCAUCGUCUUCGUCUGCUCCGUCUCCGUCACCGCCGCCCGCCGCCCGCCACCUACCGCAAACACGGUAUAGGCGAAUGACAUAAUAUUAAUUUAAGCUGGUCAACCGUUCAUAUUACGGCGCUGUCGUCGUCGUGAUACGUAGCCGGUGCAGUUGUAUGACGUUUAUGACGCGACGAACCGUACAGUACCUAUACAAUAUUCUAUAUAAUAUUAUUAAGUAUAUUUAUAUAUAAUAUAUAUAUAAUAUUAUAA